AAAAGAAAAGAAAAGAAAAAUCCCCACUCCAGAACCUUCUUCCCCUUCCUCGGUUCCUCCCCCGCUGCCAUUGCUCGCCGACGCCAAAACCCCACGCUGCUAAACCCUAGCGCCUGCGCGCCCCGGCCAUGGACGGCGAGGACUUGGUCGCGGUGCUGGGUUUCCUGCGCGACAAGGGCUUCGUGGCCACGGAGCUGGCGCUGCAGGAGGAGCAGACCCGCCUCUCCGCCAUCACCAACAACCCACAAGUCCCGCGCCGCAGGUCAGUUGAGGAUCCAUCGGAAGUCCAGGAUGCCUACGAUAGUCUGAGAACAUGGGUACGCGGUUCAUUGAGGCCGUACAAGGAGGAAUUACUUCGUGUGCUUUAUCCGGUGUUCAUCCAGUGCGUUGUUGAUCUAGUCAAAGGGGGAAACACAGAUGAAGCUCGGAUUUUUUUCCACUCAUUUCUCGAAGAUCAUGAGAAUGAACAUUCAAAGGAUCUGCAUAAGAUGAAACGCAUUCUUUCUCCGCAUUUAAAGGAAAUCGAUCUGGCACCAUUCUUGAGGGGGGAGAGAUUCAGAGUUAAAGUGUGUGAGUAUUCAUAUGAAUUACUUCUUCGCCAUCUGCAUGAAGAAAAAGCUUUUGUAAUGCUUGAAAUGAUCAAUAAAGGGACAGUUUUUGAAGUAUGUGCUGGCCAACCAUCUUUUCUCUCUGUGUCUGCUAUGGAUUCGUCCCGUCUUUUCCCAUUGAAACAAGAAACUGUUGCAGAGAUAGUACAGGCCGGGUCUUCUGCAGCUUUAGUGGGAGUAUCGGCACUCAAUCUUCUUGCUGCGAAAGUCAGUGAAUGUGAUAAUACUUUUGGCUUCGUUAGUGUAGCCAUACUAUAUUCUAUUCCAUAUACAUAUCUUCCUUUUGGCAUAGUUAGUGCUGCUCUAGGUGUGAGUGCAACAAAAAACCAUCGUUUGCUCGGCUUGGCUGCUACCCUUUUCAUUGCCCAGUGCAUUUACAUCUUAAUCAUUGGAGGGGUUCGUGCUAUCACAUGUCAGAGUAUGAGCGUCCUGGGUCCCUUUCGUAUAUAUACAAUUCUUUUCGUGGUUAACACCGGAACCGCGUGUAUUCUCCACUUUUGGGGCACCAUGAGCGAGCAUCCGAAGUGUUUGCACGAUUUUGUGAAUAGUUAUUCUAUGGCCGUUGAUGCAAUUUCUAGAUUUUUUCACUGGAGAAUUUUUGCUCGUGGUGCAAAAACUGAAGUAAAGUCAGAGGCUGAUCUUGAGAUGGGCAUGGGUGGACAGAACAGAGAUCAAGAAGGUUCACUGAUGCUGGGGAGGUCUAAGAAACAGUGAAUCUUGAUUCAGCAGGGUACCUGGCAAGCACAACCACCAGCUGACUGCUGGGUAUGCAUGCCCUCGCACCACCUCCAUAUCAAGAGAACUGAACAGAUUAUCAUCCUGGGGUGUUUUUAUGUCUUAACAUAACUGACAUGGAGUACCUAUUUUCUUUUCCUGUCCCUCAUCAAGCUUAUCUGAGAGAAUGGUCACUGAAAUAGAUUUUUGCUUAGGACUUGGGUUGCAAGGCAACAUUUCAACUAAUGUCUCAGAUUUCUGGAGUUUGUCAUUCAUGAUACUUCAGGGAAAGGCUCGUUAACUAGGAUGUAGCUUCUUGGCUAAGAUUCUUCUGGAGUUCGUCAUUCAUGGUACUUCAGAGAACGGCUUGUUAACUAGCAUGUAGCUUCUUGCUGGUUGCUACUGAUUGCCUUCUGCAUUUCUCUAGAUGGUCUGUAGCUUGUAGCUUAUUGCUACUCCAGUAGUACUGUUGACUUGAUUGUCUGAUGUAAUGUACUAAGCCCCUUGAGAUUACGUUGAAGCCACUGUACUAUAUAAGAGCUGCAAGUAUUUGGUAGAAGUAGUAAUAAAGUUAUCGCUCUGUUCCUA